UCUUUCCCAUCUCACUCAUCCUCAUCCUCUUCCUCUUCCCAUUUCUCACUCCCUACUUUCAAACACUUAAAAACACAUUUAAAAAUGGCUUCAACCACUCAAACCCUCCUCCCAAUCUUCCUCACUAUUUUCUCUCUCCUCCACCUCACCUCCGCCGCCAGAAACACCCUCCACAAGCAGCAACAACCAAUACUAGAAGACCCAUCCUCCACCACCACCCUUCUUCACUACCACAGUGGCCCACUCCUUGCCGGGAAAAUCUCCGUUAAUCUAAUCUGGUACGGUAAAUUCACACCUUCUCAGAAAGCCAUAGUUUCCGAUUUCAUAACCUCCUUAUCCCCCACCACCACCACCAAACACCUCCACCAGGACCACCACAACAACAACCCCUCAGUCGCCGCGUGGUGGAACUCCAUCGGAAAAUACUACCACCUCGCCAACAAAAAAGCCUCUUCACUUUCUCUCUCAUUAGGCAAACAAAUCGUCGACGAGUCCUACUCACUCGGCAAAUCCCUCACCAACAAACACAUCGUCGACCUCGCCUCCAAAGGCGCGCAAUCCAACGCAGUCAACGUAGUGUUGACUUCCUCCGACGUGGCGAUUCCCGGGUUCUGCUCCAACCGAUGCGGUACCCACGGGUCAACAAUAGCCCGAUCCCAUAAAAGCAAGUUCGCUUACAUCUGGGUCGGAAACUCAGAAACCCAAUGCCCGGGUCAAUGCGCAUGGCCAUUCCACCAGCCCAUCUACGGCCCACAAAGCUCACCGUUAGUAGCCCCCAACAACGACGUCGGCCUCGACGGAAUGAUCAUCAACUUAGCCUCAUUGAUGGCUGCAACGGUGACAAACCCGUUUGGAAACGGGUUUUAUCAAGGCCCGAAAGAAGCCCCACUUGAAAUAGCUUCAGCUUGUCCUGGGGUUUAUGGGAAAGGAGCUUACCCAGGGUAUGCUGGUAAUUUACUAGUGGAUGGAACAAGUGGGGGUAGUUAUAAUGCGAAUGGGGUGAAUGGAAGGAAGUAUUUGUUGCCUGCUUUGUUCGAUCCUUCUACUUCUACUUGUUCUACAUUGGUGUAGAAUUGUACGAGUAUUAUUAUACGGAUACGAAUAGUAUUUCAAAUGUAAUUGGAGUAGAUUAGUAGAAGGAUUAUUAUUAUUAAUUCAUUUAUUCAUUUUGUUGGA